UACAUCCAGUGAACUGUCCAGAGCUUCACCAUGAAGGCUUUAGCUGCUUUAUGUGUGACACUAUGUCUUUUUUAUCUGGCUAAUGGAAAGAGCAUAACAGACCCUGUGCAAGGAUCCAGACGGGAGGUGCGGCAAAUUAACGAUCCACCACCAGUUGACUGCAAAAUGAGUGCCUGGUCUCAGUGGUCACCCUGCGACCCCUGCACUAACACCACGUAUCGCUCUAGGGGUAUUGAGGUUUUUGGGCAGUUUAAGGGCACUGUCUGCACAAAUCCAAUUGGAGACCGGAGACUUUGUGUACCCAAAACCAAAUGCCAGAUGGAUGAUCCUCCUGUCUGCAAAAGCUCUCAGUGGCAGUGCACCAUUACAAGAAUGUGCAUAAGCAAAAAUCUCAGAUGUAACGGGGAUAAUGACUGUGGCCCAACCGAUGAGUCCGAUGAAGAAGACUGUGAUGUCAUAAGGUCACCUUGCGGCAAGACAGCUGUGUUUGAGUCUGACAUAGCCCUCAGAGCUGGAUACGGAAUAAAUAUUCUGGGAUCCGGACCUCGAAAUAACCCCUUUGAUAACAAAGUCUAUAAUGGCCAAUGCAACCGGAUCCGAGAUCCAAAUUCAUUGGAGUAUAACCGACUACCCUGGAAUGUUGGAGUUCUUCACUAUGAGACAAAGGUGGAAGAGAGCAGCUCUAAGGAGAUGUAUGAGGAUAUUCACUCUUUAAUAAAAGAGAUAACUAGGGAGACCUCAUCAACAUUUGAAAUAGGCUUAAAUUUCAAAUUUACACCUACUGAGACUUCCAAAAACGAUGAGGGUGGUAAUGCUGGCAGUGCUGGCGAGGGUGGCAAUGUUGAAAGUGCUGGUGAGGGUGGAGAGGUUGCCAGUCCCAAUGAAGGUGAUGCAGCUGCUGGUCCCGCUGAGGGUGGUGGAGGUGAAGGCCCCGCUGAGGGUGGUGGAGCUGGUGGAGCAGGUGGAGCUGGUGGAGCUGGUGUUGGCGGUGAUCCAGGAGUUUCUGGUGGGAUCCCAGAUGCAGCUCCUGGAUUUGGUAUAAGUGGAUCAGCAGGGGCUAAUUAUAAGCAAACAACAACAAAUAUCAUCAAACAACUAUCAGAACUCACGACAACCAAGAGAAAGACUUUCAUGAGAGUAAAAGGCAGAGUGGAGCUGGCCACAUACCGCAUGAGACAGCGCGGGCUAGAAGUGUCUUCAACAUUCCUGGAUGAUGUUGAUGCUCUGCCACUACAGUAUGAGAAGGGGCAGUAUUUUAGUUUCUUGGAGGAAUAUGGAACACAUUUUACUAAGAACGGAAAGUCUGGUGGAGAAUAUCAACUUGUUUACGUAAUGAAUGAGGAUAUACGGCAACAAAAACAUGUCACUGAAGCCACGGUCAAAAAGUGUUUUGAGCUUGGACUUAAAGCAGACUUCCAAUUUACCCCAGCAGCAGGAGGAGGAGGAGAGGUUAAACCAUUAAAUGACUGCAAUGGCAUAACAAACAAAAACAUAGAUGACAAAAACAACAGGGGGGUUAUAGAUAAGGUCCUGAUUGAAGUGAAAGGGGGAAGUGCAGCCUCAGCAGUAGCCAUGAAGUCUCAGCUCACUAAAGAUGGCAUUCUAGACUACACCCAGUAUGUGGAAUGGGCAAAGACCAUCACCAUUCUGCCAGCACUCAUUCAGAGUGAGCCUGAACCCAUCUACAAUGCCAUCCCUUUGAGCUUUCCUGAUGCUCAGCCGAGGCGGGACAAUCUCAAAAGAGCUCUGGAUGAUUAUGUGGCUGAGUACAGUGUGUGUAAGUGCCAGCCUUGCCAGAACGGUGGCACUGUGAUCCAGAUAGAUGGACAGUGUAAAUGCAUGUGCUUACCAGGAUCUGAAGGCGUCGCGUGUCAGAUCAUUGACAUGGAAAUGAUGAAAGGCAAGUCUUUUGAGCAGCUAGGGAACUGGGGCUGUUGGUCUGCUUGGUCCCACUGCUCUGGAGGGCGCCGUACGCGCUCACGCUCCUGCAAUAAUCGAGGUCUAUCAAAUGGAAUUUGCAAAGGAGACAAGACCAGUGAAGACUACUGUUAAGACACAAAAAACCACACAACAUUAAAAAAAAUAUGUAUAACAUUACAAAUAAACAAGUUGGUUUGUAUUAACAUUCA